GUUUGUUCUGAAUGGCUCAACCGGUCAGAGUCAGCAGCGUCUCUGUGCACAGAGCUGUGAGAUGAUGAUUCUGCAUGUCAAAAUCACACUGGAAACACUGUUUUGUGUUGCUGACUGAUGCAUCUCAAUCACACACGCGUGACUAUGCCCCGUGUGUGUUUGAGGCAGAGGACGCGUCUGUCUGCUUUAUUCUUUCACACCUUGUCCUGGGCCUGUUCAGCAUCCAUUGACCCCGCCCCCAAAAUUGACGGACAGCAGACCUCGUUGGUUACCGUACAGGAGAACGUCACUCACCACUUCAGCUGCCAAUCAGAGGGCUGGGAUGCUCAAGCCCCGCCCCUGCUCACCUGGUACCUGAACGGCGAGCGGCAGAGUGAAGUGACGGGCCGCCGGGGGGCGGGGCGUCUGGUGAAGACAUCAUCGCAGGAUUCUGGAACGCUUAAAUACGGAUCAGAGCGCAACAGCACGUUCACACUGAAGCCGAAGCGCGGGGACCGAGAGCUGGUGUGUGCGGCGCGAAACCCCGCGAGAGGAGAGAGCUACAACGCCAGCGUCACACUCAACGUCCAGUUCCGGCCGGAGAUCCUGCAUGUGGACGCUCACUACAGCCAGAGCUCGGACCCGGGCCUCGCCCUCAUUCUCUUCGCUUUGGUUCGCUCCAACCCCCCCGCCACCAUCCGCUGGGUGGAUCAGUCUGGUCAGCUGCUGGCCAACAGCUCUGACUUCCUCAUCCUGGACUCGCGCAGUUUCCCCUGGCUGACCAAUCACAGCCUGCAGCUCACGCUCAGCAGCCUAUCAGGAAACAUCACCGUGAACGCCAACAACAGCCUCGGCUCCACCCACAGCAACCUCACGCUCACAGAGUUCCUGCAGUCGCGUGUAGAGGUGCCGGUGUUCGGGAUCGUGACGGGUGGCGUCGCCGGCUUCAUCACCCUCCUCAUCUUCACCCUGAUGGUGUUCUUCCUCCUUCAGAAGGACAAAACCAAAGCCCUCGAGGAGCCUGCAGUGCGUCUCUCCUGCAAACGCAGCGAGAACGGCAUGUAUCUGCCGCGGGAGAACAUGUCUCUGCCGUCUCACGUGCAGCUGAAUGAUGACGGAUCUCUCUGUAAGGGACUCCAGAGCUCCAGAUCCAACACACUGGAGAGGAGACGCGCCGAGGACGAUGAGGAGGACCUGUCUGCGGCCUACGCCGCCCGAGGUCAGGGGUCAGGCGGUACAGGCGGUCCUUAAAGGGAGGGCCCCGCGGCCGCAAGGUUGUCACUUGAAUUUCUAGUUUUUACAGUGGGGCCCAUUUUCAUGGUCUUGCCUCGGGCCCCACAGCCCCACGGGGCCGGCACUGAUCACGACCCGUACUGUUCCUUUAAAGAGCCCUGAAACUGACAUCAAUAACUGAUCGUGAGAGAUCAACAGAAAAAAACAUACUGUAUCGGUCACUGCAGGUCAAAAACAAAGAUAAGUUUCAUUAUUACAUUUAGAAAUAAUAUAAGUACUAGUAAAUAAAAUAAAAUUAUUUUUGCAUUAUUGUAAAUAAAUGGUAUUUUUUAUGAACAUUAUAUAUGUUAAAACAUAUAAUAUAUAUAAACAGGAAGCUAAUUCAAAAUAUUAAUAAAACUAUAAUUAAACUAAGUGGCAUUCUCUUGAAACAGCAUUUCUAAUAAAUGCCAAGCCUUGUGUCCAUGUUCCUCACCGGACAGAUCCAGACAGAUGAGUUCUGAUCUGACUCCGUGUCUCCGCAGGUUUCGCUCGCUAUCCGAUGGUCGGCUACAUCUAUAAAGUCAGCAGCACCAGCAGCGACGAGAUCUGGCUCUGAUUCGCCCGCACAGACAGAGCCCUGACCCCUGACCUCUGACCUCACACCCUGCCGUAUCUGAGAUCUCAACGGGAUUGACUGACAGUGUCCUGCUGAAGAACUGCAUUACCCAUAAUCCCCUGAUCUGAGAAACCACUGUUACUAUGGAAACACCAAUCAGAGGCUAUUUCCACACUAGCUAGCCUGCAGUGGUGAUGAUGAUUCCUGAAAUGUUUCAGAAAUCAGAGAAAAAGCAUUACAAUCACAGACUGAUUCAGUGACGUCAAACACAGGGAAUCAUGGGAUCUGUAGUUCAUUCAGAAGCACUUGAUCAUUAACAUUAUUUUUGGUAUUUUUGGUGAGUUAUGAAGAAACGGUCUUUCAGUUUUCUGACCUUCUCAAAAUGUUAAAACAAUAUUUAUACAUCGUUUAUGAAACAUUUUUAUGAAACAUUUCAGUUGGACAUCAUCUAACUUUUUAAAAUGUUACUAUUUAUUAGUUUCAGAUGAUUCAGAGAACAUUCAGAAGUAACGUUCGCAGGAACGUUCCCUUAACGUUCACAGAACCAAAAUAAAACCUUUUGAACUUAAUGGAAGCGUUAGCAACACAUUUAUUUAUAUAUAUAUAUAUAUAUAUAUAUAUAUAUGUAUUUCUAGUCUGUACUGAUGAAUCUGAUAUUGUGAAACAUGGACAGACGCACUUCACACGCUGCUGACUGUACAUACAUGCUUUCCUCAGUAUUUACCCACAGUUCUUUGCUGCUAUAUGGAAUGUAUUUGUGUAAUAUAAGAGAAUGUUCAGUAAACCCGCAGAUAUGUGAGAUGAGAUGAAAAGAAAUAUGUGAGAAAUCUAUAUAUUUAAACAAAUAUAAAGAGUAUUGUUGGUAAGGAGUUAUGAUCAUAUGCAUAUUUACUGUAAGUAUAUUUGUAAAGCUCAUUAUGAAUCUGUACAUAUGAAUAUAUUUCAUAACGCAUGUCAUUGUGUUUCCAUCCAGCAGGAGGCGCUACUAGUUAAACUGCUGCUGUGGCUGUUAACCUGAGCUUAACUAGUACUAGUUAAUUAUUCUGAUUAUCUGUCUCUGGUUUGUGUAUUAUUAGUCAUAUGAUGAAAUACCUCAAUAAAUCAUAUCGAUCGCA